GCAUUAAAUAAAGUAUAAAAAUUGGUCAUAAGAAAAUCGUUUUCGUUUUCGUGACUGUUGAGCUUGUUGAUUUAAUCAAAAUGUAUUUACCAAAGUGUGAUUGAAUUUGACAUUUCUCUCGUAAGAACGAUCCUAUAAUGUCAAAUUGGAAAAAUUUUUUUGUUUGUGUUUUUUGACAUUUUAGUACCUUAAAAGAGAGCCACACUGAGUUGUCAAUCACACAUUGUUUAAUACACCUUGGAUGAGGGCCUAAUUCUGCACCACGUCGAAUUUCCGUCGUAGUUACGAAAAAAGAACAGUGGCAACCUUGGCAUUCUAGUCUCCGAAGUGUUAUUCGAACAUUACGAAAAUUCAAGUUUGUAUGUAUUCCGCAUCACUUCGUAACAGUUAUUCGUAGGUAUUUUUUCCCUAAAGAAAAUCAACGUCGGAAUCUAUUUAAAUUUUUCACAUUUAAGUACUGUGAAUUAAAAUGUAAGUAUAAAAUUGUACAAAUACUUUAUGCGUUUGUAUUUAUAUGAAAUUUAUGCAUAAUAGGGCGAGGACCACCAAUCCAAGCCAAUAUGAAUUGUUGGUAGAGCUACUCACGCCGCUAACGAGCUGAAUGCUUUGGGACCACCAUGCAGGGACUGGGCAGGGUGGCGAAAGACAUGGCUUGAUUGGAAGAGCUACGUUAAAAAGAAGCUUUCCCACAACAAAAUGGAGUCUCGAGCUACUGGAGGGGGUAGUUUUAAUAAAAGGCCCAUAAGCUCCUUAGAAGAUAAGGUGAUUUCGCUGACCGGGCUAGAAACUUGCACCUCAGGCCUUCAAGCUGGGUUAAGCUUCGGUGGAAGGCAGGUAGUGGAAGCAAGUAGUACCAGUAGUCAAGCUGCCAAUAGCCAAGCUCUUGCCACAAAUACCAGGGAAGAAGUUAUUGAAACAAAUGCUACAGAAAACGGAAGCCAAGUUGAAAACUGCGACACUGCUCCCACUCCUAGAAGAAGACGACAUAUAGCCUCGACCGCUGAAGACAUAGAAAACUGCGAAAUAGCUCCCACCCCUAGAAGGAGGCGGCAUGCAGCGUCCACGGCUGAAGAUUCGCGAAAUCUUUUGAGUGAGCAAAUAAGCAUGCAGCGAGAGUUCUAUAAAGACCAAUGCGAUCAUAAUUCGCAAGCGUCAAGUGGCCUUAAAAGAGUUUAUCGCGGCAUAGAAAAACUGUGUGAAAUAGAAAAAGAAAAACUGAAGGAAUUUAAGCGACAUAAUGCUGUCAAAGAAAUUGCUUAAGGGAACGCAAUAAAUUAAAAAAGAAGCGCUAGAAUUAAAAGCUAUAGCACUCGAAUUAAAACAAGCAAAAUUUGAGGGAGUGAGAGAUGUAAAUAUUAAACGUAUAUUUUUAGUUGACACACGUUUUCAUUUAUUUCCAGAUAAGAUAUAUUCUAGGUAAAUACUAUGUACAUGUAAAGCUUUGCUUAUGGUUUGGUUUCACUCACAACGCAAAAGUUGCAAGAAUUCUUUGGCGUGUUCGUUCAGCAUCACUCCGAAGAUUCUCAAAUUCCGGGCCAUAAUCGGGCUCAAUUUCUUCCACAUCAUCUCUCUCAGGCAACGGUUCAAAUUGGUCAUCGGGGAAGUGAAUACAUAUGUUGUGGAGAGCACAAGCUACGUUUACAAUUUGGCAGGCCUUUAGAGGAACAUAAUUUAAAGCUCGUUCCCCUAAAAAACAUCGGAAUCGGCUUUUCCACACACCAAUUGUUCUUUCUACCACACUUCGUGUUUUUGAAUGGUGAUCAUUGAAAAUUCUUUCUGGCGACCCUGCAGCUGCACUUCUAUAAGGCGUCAUAAGCCAAGGUUCGAGUGGGUAGCCGGCAUCGCCUAGAAGAAUAUUUGUUAAUAUUUAUUUGUAAGCUACAUGGUACGGAUUUUUACUACCAAGAAGCCACGUGUUAGUAUUUCCUUCUCUAAAUUGCCGCUCGAAAUGCUUCCUACCACUACUUAACUUCCAAAUAUGGCUAUCAUGGUUACAUCCUGGAUACCGUGCAUCUACUGCUCUUAUUCUCAACUUAUGGUCGCAUAUCUAAAAUAAAUUAAAACGUUAUAUCAAACUUACUAUCAUUACAUUAAGACUAUACCAGCCUUUUCGGUUGAAAAAUAGAAACGUCUCUGACGAAGGUGCUGUUCGUUUAACGUGAGUACCGUCAACACACAUUACUACUCCUGGAAACAUUGCCUUUGAAUAAAAAUCUUGUUUUGCUUCUACUACUUCCGACUCGUCCAUAAUAAAAUUUAUCCAGAUUGGGCAAAGCUUCCUUUCAAAAACAUUUAAUAGCAGCGAUAUUGUCUUCGAUACUGUGGGCUGCGUCAUUCCGACAUCAUAGUCCUUACCAACUCCGUGUUGGUAGCCUCCUUCUGCAAAAAAAACCUUAAGAGAGCUACCAAGCGGCUCAGACUCGUUAUUGAUGAACUCUUUGUCGGGCCACCGAACUCUUCAUCCAAUAUUCCUAGCAAAUAUUAAAGGCAAUCUUUGCUUAUCCGAAAGUUCUUUGUAAAUAUGAAAGAAACUUAGUUGUAAUUUUUAAUUGUUCAUAUCUGUCUUACACUUACGCCAUAACAUUCAACUGAAAGGGAUCGCAGGCGUCUCUAAGUUGUCGUCGUUUUAUAUUUUCUGCGUUACUCCUUGAAUAUUCAUCUUCUUCGAAUGAUAAAAUACCAGCAGCAAUGGAUUCCAUAAUUUUUAGCUUUUUUUAUUAUUGCUACAACGUUUUCUUUGCUUUUUUCUUAAAAUAACUUAUUCUUGCAACUGCUUUCUAUUUUCAAAAUAAGCUUUCACUUGAGAGACGUAAAUGACAAAUAACUUCGAAAAUUCGAACAACUUAUACAUCUCCGUCGGAGAAUGGAAUGCAAACAAUUUUUUCUUUGGAACUUAAUUCGGAAAUCGGGACUUUUCCCGACGGGGUGCAGAAUGUAGCCCGUAAUGUUGAUUUUUUGGACUGCAAAAUGUAAAUGUAAAAAAUUUGCAAUCAUUAUGAAUAAAAUCGCUAAAAACAAGCUGAGUGGAAAAGUCGUUAAAAUGGCAACACUGCUCAGCACGGUUGGCCAGUAGUUGGGCGUGGCUCAUUCUCUGCCAAUGCCUGCUGAUGAAUAUGUAUGUAAAUUAAUAGCAUGGUUGCCAUAUCGCGCUAUCAUAAGCUGGUUAGCUAGUACUUGCAAAAGUCUUUGAAUAUUCACGUAGUGACGCGAAAAAUAGCUUUGUUGAAAGAUUUUGAUGUUGUCUAGCAUAGAAAAAGGAAUUGAAAAAAUACAACUUUGACUUCUGUACUUUCGGUGCGUAUUAACGGUAUAACAUACUAUGUAAUUUUUUAAGUUUUUUCUUUCGGACUUAUAAUUUUAUGAGACUAUGUAAAUCCACCAAUUAGUUUUAAAAUUUUUGCGUUGUAU